UUUGAGUGACCAGAGAAAAUAAGACAUUCAUGGGCACCGGAAGAGUAACAUAACAUAAAAUAUAUGUACACAACACGCCAGUCUCCUUCACUGGAUCUUCGAACUAUGAGCUCAAAACUCCACAGAAGAAGCUAGACAAAAAAGCCUCACGGAUUUCUAGAGAGAGAGAGACAGAGAAACAUACAAAAUUGAGUUUCGUUUUGCUCUUCAUAGUUAUAAUAAUGAGUAAUUGGUUGGGAUUCUCUCUAACUCCUGAUUUCAGAAUCGAUGAUGAAGAAGAAGAAGUAAAUACACAAAAUCAAGCUACUGGAAAUAUUGACUCUAACCCACUAGAAUCAACUCUUUUGUCGGUCAUGCCUUUACCCUCUGAUGAGUCUCUACGUAUGAUUGAAGAUUGUUGGAGGUAUGAGAAUCAUGAUAUGAGUACUGCUACUAACCCGGAAGAAGAAGGCCCGAAGCUUGAAGAUUUCUUAGGAUGCUGUUAUUCAAAUUCUCCACCUCAUGAUGAACAACAAAUUGGAAUUGGAGCAAACAUGAAAUUAAUACCUUCACAACAGAUGAUGUUACCAAAUAAUCAAUUUCACAGCUCUCAUGAGUUCGCCACAAAUUCUACAGGUAGUGUUUAUCAUGUGCCAUUUGAUGGAGCUACUUCUGUUUCUGGAUUCAAAUCGUGGUUACGCCAAGCUGCUACUGCUGCACCAUUAAUUUCAUCAGUUGAAGAAAUUAGUGCUAGCAAUUGCCAAGCGCUUUCGCUUGCUACUGCUCCGAAAAAAAGGCCAGUAACUGUUAAAAAUGUUAGUGGUUCAAGAGAACCGGUACCGCGUAAAUCCAUUGAUACUUUUGGACAACGAACCUCUCAGUACCGCGGUGUCACAAGACAUCGGUGGACUGGAAGAUACGAGGCUCAUUUGUGGGAUAACAGUUGCAGAAAGGAAGGGCAAACUAGGAAAGGCAGGCAAGUCUAUCUAGGUGGUUAUGACACGGAGGAAAAGGCAGCUAGAGCAUAUGAUUUAGCCGCUUUAAAAUACUGGGGUCCAAACACGCAUAUUAAUUUUCCCCUAAACACUUAUGAAAAGGAACUGGAGGAGAUGAAAAACAUGAAUAGACAAGAAUUUGUAGCACACUUGAGAAGGAAAAGCAGUGGGUUCUCAAGAGGGGCAUCAAUGUACAGAGGAGUAACGAGGCAUCAUCAGCAUGGGAGGUGGCAAGCCAGAAUUGGGAGAGUUGCAGGCAACAAGGACUUGUACCUUGGUACCUUUAGUACUCAAGAGGAAGCAGCGGAAGCCUAUGAUAUUGCUGCGAUUAAGUUCAGGGGGACAAGUGCCGUGACCAAUUUUGAUAUUAGUAGGUACGAUGUCAAACGGAUUUGCUCAAGCUCAACCUUAAUUGCUGGAGACCUAGCCAAGCGCUCCCCAUCAAAAGAUUCUGGCAUCAGCCCGUCUUCAUUUGAAGACUAUAAGUCAUGCACAACUUCACCUCAGCCCAUUUUGGCCAUAACAAAUGGGGAGCAAUUGCAACAGCCCAUAGAUUCAUUCAUGGACAUGAUGCCAUUGAUGGCUGCUGCAGGAUCAAGCAGCAGGAGCUCUUCUGGUGCACCAAGUCCCAAAUGCUCUGGCUCUGGUGAAAUGAGCUGUGAUUUUGGGGUCGGAUUAGAGUAUCCUCAGGCUUAUUAUUCAUCCGUAGUUCAAGAACACAAGUUUGAAGAUGGACGCAAGGGAAAUGAUGAUAAUUCAUCGAGCUCAGGCCAAAUUGGGAAUAUGGACCUAGUUCAGCCAGUUCCCAUGUUUGCAUUAUGGAACCAAUGAAAAUUGAAUACCAAGACUCUUUUAAGUGUUUGCAUUCGGUGAUGAAUGAUGAUACAGUUCUAGAGAUUAGUCUUGCUAGCUCCCUUAGUCUAAAACUUCCUUCCUGGGCCAAAGAAAAAGUAAAAUCCUGAUUUCUACCAUGCUUUAGAUUAAGAUUUUUAGACGUUUAGACUGUUUAGGAUAAUAUUAAUUCGGUGGCAAUGAAACAAAGAUUGAAUGCAUUCAGCUAUGGUGCUUUUAGUCA